AGAAGAUAUCUUUCACAAGAUGAAUGAUCUCAUGACAAAAUCGUUUCUAAGUUACGCGGAUUUGAAGAAACAAGCCCAGAUGGAUCUUAAAGCAGAGAAAGACAUAGAGAAAGGCCAACUGAGCCCUUCCGAUGAAGAGAACCUCUCUCAGUUCUUUCGAAAAGUAGAUGCAAUCAAGUCUGAUAUGGAAGAGAUAACCAACCUCCUUUCUGAUCUUCAGAAGCUAAAUGAAGAGACAAAGUCCACUCACAGCGCGAAGGUUCUUCGCGGACUGAGAGACCAGAUGGACUCGGACAUAAAUUCUGUCCUUCGCAAGGCCAAGAUUGUCAAAACAGGGCUAGAAUUGCUUGACAGAUCAAACGGGCAAAAUCGCAGGCUAUCGGUGGAAUUCAGAGGAGGAAGUGCAGUUGGUCGGAUGAGGAUUUCGGUCACCAAUGGGUUGAGAACCAAACUGAGGGACACGAUGGACGAUUUCCAGACAUUGAGAGACAAAGUGCUGUCUGAUCACAAAGAAUAUCUGAGAAGGAGAUGCUACAACGCGACCGGUGAAGUACCAGGUGAUGAUGAGAUUGAAAAGAUGGUUUUAGGAACCGGGAAAGCCGAAGUACUCGAAGGGAGGACAGAAUUGUAUUUGGAGAACAAAGAGAGGCACGAAGCCGUACUGGACAUCCAGAGGAGCUUGGACAAUCUCCACCAGGUGUUCCUUGACAUGGCUGUUUUGGUGGAGACUCAAGGCGAAAAGAUCGAUGAAAUCGAGCACAAUGUGGCUAACGCCGGGAGCUUCAUCAGCGGUGGAACCAACAGUCUUUUCUAUGCCAAGCAGAUGAGGAAGAAGGGGAAGAAAUGGGUGUAUUGGGUUUGGGCAGUGGGGUUGAUCAUAUUGCUGGUAUGCUUCAUUGCUAUGUUAUCUUCCUGAAAGACUAGUUGUGCUGAAAAAUGGCACACUAGUUUAGAAGAUUAUUUCAGACUGUAUUUUGGUCAGUGGUUCUAAUAUUGU